GUUAUGCCAAGGCAUACAUAUUCAAAACCUGAAAGAAAGCAACCCAAAUGAGGGUGAUUUUCACAAAGUGUAAUUCACCAUAGUAAGUAUUUUUCAUCAUAACAGUUUUGAUAUCGUAUGGUAUACCGGUGCGAUUUUCGAAGUCAACGAUAUCUGUCAACGUUGAACGAAUAUAAGCCUAGGACAUCACAAGUGACCGAGAUAUCAUCUAUCUAGUAUUUGAAAACUCGUCAACAAGCUGGAAUUUGACUACUUGAAGAUGGAAAUAUGUUCAGUGUGCGGCGACCACUCAACUGGAAAACACUACGGUGCAAAUACAUGUGAAGGCUGUAAGCUUUUUUUUAAGAGAAGCAUUAAAAAACGGCUUUACUACACGUGCCGGGUCGCAGGUUGCUGUCCAGUUAACAAACGAUACAGAAACAGUUGCCAGUUCUGUAGGAUGCGCAAGUGCUUAGCCGUCGGAAUGAAGAGGGAAGCGGUUCAGCAGGCAAGAGCACAAGACUUUGAGAAAGCGAGACGACGACAGAAGCGCCAACAGCAUAAGGGAGAAAUUCGAAAAGAGGCUGACUUUGCUACACUUUCGGACUUUGUGUUUCAUUUACAAGCCGUUGAACCUUAUUGCAGGCGACAAGAGAGCGAAUCAAAAACACCUGAAUCCACGGACUGCGGCUCGGAAGAGAUUUCGCGCGAGAAAUCUCCCGCUGAAAAAACGAGUGAGAUGGCUGCACGACUCUUAUUCAUGACCGCGCAUUGGGCAAAAAAAGUCAAACACUUUUCAGAACUAUCGCACUUUGAUCAAGUAAAAUUACUUCGUGAAAAUUGGAGCAAAGUGUUCAUCAUAAACUUAGUACAAUGGGCGAUGCCGUUUGAGAUCGCGCCCAUCGUGAGCGACAUUGUCGAAAAAACACCAGGUCAACAUUUGGACAAGGUGCUACACACCAUGGGAAAGUUGAAUGAAGUUGUGUUCAAGUUGGUGCAAUUGCAGCUGAGUCGAGCAGAGUUCUCACUGUUAAAAGCUCUUGCACUCUUUAAUCCUGACACGGAACAGCUUGCGGACGCGGUCCAGAUACAAGCUGUUCAGAACAAGACGCAGAACGCACUAGAAGAAUACAUCCGCGUGCACUAUCCACAGACGCCUAACCGGUUCGGUCAGGUGCUUCUCCGACUAACCGCGCUAGGAGCAGUCGAGUGCAAAAUCAUCGAACACGUAUUUUUUAACAAGUUACUGGGCAGCACUUCAAUUUAUACUCUGGUGGACGAUAUUCUACUCUCUAAAGAGUUAAACUCAGAGUGAAUUUAGAGUAAAAUAUGCGAUAUCUCUUUCUACGUGGGAGUUUUUUUGCGCGAGUGUGACAAGCAGUUUUUUUUUUUUUUUACAUUUUACCUGCUCUUUGUUGCUUUUACGAGAAGUCGUAAGAAAAAACCGCACAUCGAUCGUCGUGUGUCAUAUAUUAGCCACUGCAUAACUUCAGACUUAGACGGUGUAGCGGUGGCUAAUAUAUGCAGCUAGGCGCUUCAGUGGUUUUUACCCAUGCUUACAUGCGGGCUUGUCGCGUAGUCGCAAAGCCCGUUGAUGACAACCUUUUGUCAAACGACUGUAUAAUAUCAUGUAUAUAAAAUAACAUCCGUCUGCAGGGGCUAUUACGAUGAGUCCUAAUAGCCAACAAAAGCCAAAAGGCUUGCCGUACCAUCCAAUAUAAAUAAUAGUUGGUUGAUCCAUUUUGAAAUGGUUUAAUUAUACAUUCCCUCAGGUCAAUGUCUGAAAAUAAAAUAAAUGCUAUAUCCA